CCCUUUAGGUUUUAGUAGACAAGACCCCUGCUGACCGCUUUCCGUCGUCCGCUCUGUCAGAACGAUCUCAAGGCAGAAGCUGAAUAUCAGUGCAGCUGAACGGGAAACAGUCUGAUGUGAAGAGUUCGUGGGAAGGUGACCACCGUCCGAAGCUUUGAAUCGAUUAAACCGAAGGAGCUGACAUGUUGGCGACUUUGUUAACGGUGUUUCUCGGCAUCGCUUCCUUUUUCGUGCUCCACAGGCUGUUCGGGAGAAGGAGGAGAGAGGGGGAGCCUCCUCUCAUAAAAGGAUGGAUCCCAUUUCUGGGAAAAACUUUGGAAUUCAGGAAAGAUUCCCAUCAGUUUCUACAGCGACUACAGCAGAAGCAUGGAGACAUCUUUACUGUUCUCAUUGCAGGUAAAUACAUGACAUUUGUGAUGAACCCUCUCCUGUACCCAGCCGUGAUUAAACAUGGGAGGCAGCUGGACUUUCAUGAGUUUUCUGACGCAGCAGCAUCUGCAACAUUCGGCUAUCCAGCUGUCCGCUCCGGAAAAUGCCCUGGCAUGAGCGACAAAAUCCAGAAAUUGUACCUGCUCCUACAGGGCCCUGCUCUCAACUCCCUCACACAGACAAUGAUGGGUAACCUACAGGUCAUCUUACGACAUCGCUUAGCCUCCACCCAGGUUGCAAAGCCAGAGUGUGAUUGGUGGGAGGAGGGCCUGUAUCAGUUUUGUGAACAUGUAAUGUUUGAGGCAACAUUUCUGACACUGUUCGGACGACCCCCACAGGCAAACAAAGAUCCAAAGAUAUACUUAGAAAGGAUCAGAUGGAUAGAUACACUACGUGAAAACUUCAGGAAGUUUGAUGCCAUGUUUCCACUGCUGAUUGCUGGCACACCCAUUGGCCUGCUGAGGAAAACCAAAUCCAUUCGGGAGAAGCUGAUCAAGUUUUUUCAUCCUGACAGAAUGAAAGAAUGGACCAGUCCAUCAGAGUUCAUUCAGUCACGUACUGAAUUGUUCCAACAGUAUGACAUACUCAAAGACAUGGACAGAGCAGCUCAUCACUUUGCCAUACUGUGGGCAUCGGUGGGAAACACUAUUCCAGCAUGCUUCUGGUGUGUGUACCACCUUCUAUCAGACCCACAAGCCCUCACAGUUGUGUUGAAGGAGAUCAUGGAAGUGAUUGGAGAGCAUGACAUGGAGUAUAUCCGUAAUCAUAAUAUCACACUGACCAGAGAGCAGCUUAACAGAAUGGUUUACCUUGAAAGUGCUGUUAAUGAGAGUCUCCGUCUGUCCUCUGUUUCAAUGAAUAUACGAGUGGUUCAGGAGGAUUUCUGUCUGCAUCUGGACCCCCAGUGCUCUGUGUGUGUGCGUAAAGGGGACAUUGUUGCUCUACACCCCCGGAGCACACACCUGGACCCUGACAUCUACCCACACCCACAGCAGUACCAGUUUGACCGGUUCGUGAAAGAUGGGAAGGAGAAGACUGACUUCUAUAAAGAUGAUCAGAAGGUCCGGUACUAUCGCAUGCCAUUUGGAUCAGGGGCCACGAUGUGUCCUGGGCGAUUCUUUGCUGUUAACGAGAUGAAGCAAUUUGUGUGUAUCACUCUGCUGCUGUGUGACAUGCAGCUAGUUGUUGGCCACCAGAAAGCGACGCUGGACAGCAGCCGAGCAGGCCUGGGUAUCCUACCACCUGCCAACCACAUCACCUUCAGAUACAGAUUGAAACAUCCACUUAAGGAGAGGGAAGAGGGAGACAGAAAUGAAUGAUGGAGAACUAAGUGAGUGAGAAUGAGAACUGUUUCAGUUCUCCUCUCAGAAACUAUAACAAAAUGCCUAAAAAAGGAUAGAUGUGACCAAAGAUUAAAAUUAUAUUGUGCUAAUGAGAAUUUGAGAAGCAAGAAUGGUUUCUGUUGAUGUUCAUUAACAUUCUGAAAUGAAGUGUAACAUAAAUUUUUCAUUAACAUGUGAAUGCACUGUACAGUAAUAAUACAAAUCAAUGCAAAUAUUGUGAAUUACAAAAUUCUUUUUUAUGUAUCCUUAUUUCCUUGUAUGUCUUUACCUGGUAUGACAGAAUUAUGUCAUUGUAUAUAUAAAAAGAAAGAAAUGCAGAAUAAAUCUUACAAACCUGA